AUGGGACGGGACCUUUUUGACAAGUUCGCGGCCUCCAGGCAAGUGUUUGAAGAGGUGGACUCUGUGCUGGGAUUCAAGCUGAGCGACAUGAUAUUUCGGGGCGACCUGCAAGAGCUGACGCUGACCAAAAACGCGCAGCCGGCAAUUGUUGCUGUAUCUAUGGCAGGCCUGCGAGCGCUGGAGCACGACACGGGGAUGGCCGCGUCAAAGUUGUUUUCUUUUGCUAUGGGGCACUCUGUUGGCGAGUACUCUGCGCUUAUUACAGCAAAUGCAAUGUCUCUGGCCGAUGGAAUUCGCCUGGUGCGCACUCGUGGCGAGUCUAUGCAGGAUGCUAUAAAGGAGCGCGAAUAUGCCAUGUCGGCGUGCAUACUGCGAAAGGCCAGCAUCGCGGACGUGCUAGCUGAGGUCGACAGGGUCCAGCAAGAGAUUGCGCACGAGGUUGAUGAGGUUGUGCAGGUGGCCAACAUCAACUCGAGCAGCCAGAUUGUGCUCAGCGGGACGCGACUGGCUGUGGACAGGGCGCUUGCGUCGCUGCAGUCCAAGCGGCUUGCCAUGCGCGCUGUCAACCUGCCAGUGUCGGCGCCGUUCCACUGCAGCCUGAUGGCGCCCGCCAAGAGAGUGCUCGCGGCCAGAAUUGCCGAGCUCAGCCCCAUCAGGGAUCAAGGUGACUGGACCAUCCAAGUUGUCUCCAACGUGACGGCAGAGCCGUAUGCGACGGCAGAGGCAGCGCAGAGGCUGCUCGGCGAGCAAGUGGAUCGGCCUGUUCUGUGGCUGCAGUCGAUGCAGCUUCUGAAGAGCAAGCACGGGAUCUGUCGCUGGGGGGCCAUGGGUCCGGGAAUGUGGUCGGCAACCUGGUCGGCAAGGAAUUCGCCAAGGAUAUUGUCCGCAGGCUCUCUGACGCUGCAGCGAUAA